CCUCUCUAAGCUGACUCUGAAACUGGAGGAUCUCCCGGUGCCUCUUCUCUCCCGUCUUUCUGCCCUGGAGCGAUGGGAUCUCUCUGGGAACCGCCUGGAGGAGUUCCCCCGCCGCCUGGAGCUUCCUGCGCUCAGACACUUGGAUCUGAGCGACAACCAGAUGGAGGACGUGACGUCUCUGGAGGCUCUGAGCGGCCUGGAGGAGCUGAAGCUGGAGGACAACCUCUACAUCACCGUGAGUGAUAACCACAAGCUGAUGGUGCUGCUUCCCAAACUCAGGAUGUAUAACGGGAAAGACGUCACGUCCUCCGCUAACCACCUGCGCUUCGUCUACAGCGCGAACCUCCGGACACGGAUCGUUGCAGUUUGGGAGAAGCACUUCCGUCUCCCGGACCCCGUCACCACGGAGAAACUGUCGGCUCUGAGCAAAGACUUUGUGAUCGCUGCCUGUCAGCAAGUUCGAUUCGGACCCAGCUCCGUCAGCGACUUCACCAAGUGGAGGGUGGCAAUCAUGGCGAAGGAGUAUCUGGUCUCUCUGACUGAACCGACGAAAGAACCGGAGAUUCAAGAUUCUCCUGAACCCAAAGAGACUGAA